AUGCACGACGGAAACCAUGUGGCUUUUACUUCUAAUAAACUAAUAUCGAAAAUAGCUGGAUAUACAUUGGAGUUGACUUUUUCCUCUUCCGUAGUAUAUAGAAGGUCCCAUGAUUUUGGGCAUCAUGGAUGUGCUAAUCAUUAUGAAUUAGAUAGAUCUUUUGAUACUACUUUUCCACUUAUUAGACUUCAUAGAAUGCAGCCUAAAUUGUGGUUUCAUAAGUAUUAAUAAAUUUAUGUCUGGUUUGUAUAUGGUUUAACUAAUUUUGGCGAUCUGUUUGGUACUUUUGAUGAAAUAUACUGGAUGAGUAAUUUUCCAAGUAGAUAAGGAUUUUGUUCUAAUUUUUAAGUUUUUAGUUAAGCAAUUAUUAAAAUGAUAUGGUUUAUUACCUUAAUUAUUAUUCCUACAUAUCUGCAUGGGUAUUUAUGGGCUUUUCCUAUUUGGAUGUUGUAUAUGGUUAUAUUUAGUUAUUCUUAUGCUUUGUUUUUUGCAGUUAAUCAUUGGACUGAUGAAGCUAAUUUUACUGACAAUAGUAAUAUAAAUAAUACAGAUUGGGGAAUCAUGUAAAUUUAAAAUUCAUGCAAUUUCGCUCUUGAUAGUACUUUUUGGAGUCAUAUUUGUGGAGGAUUAAAUUUUUAAAUUGAACAUCAUUUAGCCCCUGGAUAUUCACACACAAGGUUAUUUGAAAUUAGCCAAGUAGUUUAAGAAUAUUGCAAAUAAAAUAAUGUCAAAUAUGUUACUUACAAUACUUUUUGGGAUGCUUUGAAAGGUCAUUAUAAUUUAUUAAAAAAAUUAGGGGAAUCAGAGUGA